AUGCCGUGCAAGCUGUUCGAGCCUCUCUGGUCUGCGUCGAUGUCCUGUCUGUCCUACCAUGAGGGAUGUCGUCGAUGCAGUACAUGCUGUAGAAGGCGGGCGAAUUCUCAAGGUCGAUCUUUCCUUGUUUUUCCUGACGGGGGUGGAAAGGAGCUGAAUCUGGACAGUAUGCAUCGACGGCCGUCUGCUGUCGCUUCCCCGCUCUCUCCUCUUGCUCCCCAGCCUCUAACUCCUCGCCGAGGAUACUCUGCCGCGUCUCAAGUUUCGUCUCCGCAUACUCCUCCGAAUCGCGACUCUCCCUUACCGUUGCUGGCUCCCGCCUCCAACAGGCAGAGCGGCGAUAGUUGGAACAGUUCAAUUCAUGAUGGAGCCGACGACGAUGUGACUGAAUGGACCCAAGAGCAAACGCGUUUGCUGUCAAGGACCCUUGACGCACUGCCUGCGCAUCUGCUCACGCCGUUCAAUGGCGCCGUGCCACCGUCCAACCUGCUCGACAAGCUCGCUCGACGUGUGGCUGAUGCCAAAGGCCCCGGCGGUUGGCCCCAUUCCAUCCGUGCAACUCGUGCAAAGAUAGUAGAGCUAGCGCGUAUUCGAGCCAAAGAAGCGGCAACCGAUGGCGCAAGUGAUACAAUCGCCGAAGAAGAUAGCAGCGACCCCGAUGUCCUGCAAAGCGCAAACCCUGGCCCAAAACGGCCUCUGUACCGGCAGUCUAGUAUGGACUUUAUGCAAAUAGACAAGAACGGCAUUAUGGAGAAUGACAAUCUCCGACGGCUUUCGCGCCGUCUCCAACGAGCGGAGCGUAUCAUCCCAUCAUAUCAUCCUUACGCUGGUUUUAGCCGUUCCUCAUCUCCUAUCCACAAGCACGCACUCUCCUCAACCGCUAGCUCAUCUACGCUCAACUCGAUCAAUUCUGAUGACAGGGAGGCUCACGGUCGCGAGCGACGAUCAAUGUCUGAUAUGUCGAACUCUUCUGAGUCGUUCAUUCUCCCGGCGAUUGACCCUCGAGUUCAGCGUGUCAAGCGCGCCGAAUCCUUCGCCGGGAUGCUCUGUCCUCCAGGCCACUUGCUGAAACGCGCUCCUUCCUAUGGAGCGUCGUCGAGACGCAGCUCUGGUGCUAUGAGCAUCAGCGGGAAGGACUCCGAUGUCACAUCGUCUGAUGAAGAAGAGAAGUUGCGGAGUCUGAAAGCCAAGAAAGCCCGCGUGAAGGCGACCAGUCCUUCCCCCGUAGGGUCUUCACCCCCUGUCAUCCUCGAGCAUCCCAAGAGCAGCAAGAAAUCCACUCCUCUGCCGUCAAACAAGGCGUCUAAAACUAGUAACGAUGCCUCAGUCAAGCGAUCGAACCGCCCCAAAGCCAACCUGCAGCGCAACCCAAGCAUUCUUGGUGGUGAACUACCCCGCCUCCAGCCCACCAUUGAAACCCCUCUUCCCAGUAUCCCUGCCCGCGACACUCCAACCGUCAACACAUCUGCGUCUACUGCUGCAUCCAGUUCUCCCCAUCGCGCUCGUAAGUCUCGCCGCACUCCGAAAAUCAGCGACACCCCGGUGGCGACCGGCGGCAACUCCAGCGCAUCCAGCGUCCCGAACACCCCGGCCACAAAUGAUCGCCCUUGCAAGCCGCUGCGGCGUAGCAGGGGCGUCCACUUACCCGAUCGCACGGUCGCGCGCAAGAUAUCGUUUACCAAUCUCGCGGAAGCCUCAGCCGAGAACAAUGUUAACACCGGUCUUGGUCUCGGCCUUGAAAGCCGCGCUUCACUUGGCCCUCUUCGUUCGUCGAUUCCCCCUUUCCAAUGUGCUAUUUACAUUUCGUCUCAUUGUAUGCGGAUCAACCUCCGCUGCCCCACACUCGCUUUGUUGUGUGUGAGCAGGAUGUUCGUGGGUGUAAUCACUCGCUGGCUGGUGCUUCAAGUCCCCCGUAUCAGCUCGGACCUCACUGAGUUGCUCGGGGUUUAUGAUAUUGGCUAUCCUGUAUAUCGACUACUGCGCUGCAAUUGCCUCUGCACGCUGCUGUCUCCGCUCAGCAAUCUGUGCACGCUUCUCUGCAAGAAGUACGCCCGCCCGCUCAUCCCAUCUGUACGCCCAGUAUCCUACGAAGCCAAAUGUGCCCAUGGCAAGGGCGUGACCGCCCAGAUGUUGCGCUUCAUGAUAGCAAGCUGGCCAAAGCGCGCGCCGAGGCCAAAUAGCGAGAAGCCGACAAUACUCGAAAAUAGCGACAUAGCGGCGAGGAUGAGAGCAGACGGCGAGACGAUCUUGGAACGGAAACGACACGUUCAGAAACGGGAAUACGCGUGGGAAAAGAUCCAUGAAGUCGAUUGUGGUCGACCACCUCGAGCCGCCGGCGCGCACUGCACGCCUUGCCCCCUGCGCUCCUGUGCCGCCUGCUCCCCCAUCUACCCUCACAUCCACAUUGCAACCUGCAGAAAGAUGUCUGAGACGAAAGAACCGAGCCCGGAAGUGCUCCAGAAGCUCGCGACCGCCAAGGAGAAGAAGGACGCCGGCGACCAGGCGUUCAAGGCCGGCGAGGUGAAAAACGCGCCACAUACACACAAGGCUCUGAUGUACCUGAACGGCAUCGACAAGAAUGCACUCUCGCCUAUGACUGCGAUCACCUCAGGCUCGAUCGUUGAUGGCGCCGCCAAUGAACAGAAGAAGAAGACCGAAGCGGACGAGAUCCUCGAGAAGGUCUAUUCCAACAUGGCUGCAUGCCACCUGAAGCAGAGCAACUGGAAACGCGCGAUCGAGACAGCAGACAAGGCGAUCGCGCAGAAUGCAGACUGCUACAAGGCACUGUUCCGCAAGGCGAAGGCACUCGGCGAGCUGGGGUUCUUCGAGAAAGCGGAGAAGAUCCUUGAGGACCUCCUGAAGAAGGACGAAGCUGAUGCGCCCACUCUCAAUGCCGAGCUCGCCCGCCUACGAGCCGUAGACAAGGAGCGAGAGAAGGCGCACAACCAGAAGUUCAAAGGGUUCCUGAACCGAGAGAAGAAGACUGCGGAGGCUUCCGCAUGACAUCUUUCUUUGUGUUCUGUACAAUUGUUUUACUAAGGUUUUUUUGCUGAUCAUUGCUCCAAACCACGUCGAUUUGUAUCAUUCCUUGUAUCAUUCUACGACUGCUUCGUCAUCUCUACCACAAUAUAGUCUAGUUGUAACCAU